AUGAUGAAAUUUUCCUGGGAUAAUUACAAGCGAUAUGCAUGGGGAUUAAAUGAACUGAAACCUGUGCAGAAACAAGGGCAUUCCAGUAACUUGUUUGGUGAGUAAUGUGAAACUACUGAUGUGCUUUUAUUGGUUUGUUAACUCCUGUGUUUUUGUCGAGCACCACUUACAAAAUUUCCAUUUUCCACUGGAGAGUAGAAAUUUACCCCUGGUGAGUGUGUCAUGGGCCCUACAGGUGGGCAAUAGCAAGUCUAUUGUAUGUGUGUGUGUGUGUAUGUAUAUAUGUAUCUCUAUCUCUAUGAAGCCCGAUUCACUUAAUCCUUAGUUGUGUACAUUUAUGUAUUUUAUUUUGGUUUAUCUCCUUUCAGUUUGUUUAGCUUCAUUGAACCAAUCACUUAAUUUUUUAUCUUUCCACCAGAGUAGUUUAUCUAUUCUAUCUAUAAAACUGGGGUUCAUUUUAAUGCGUUAGAAGUAUUAUACUGAAAUAAUAUAACUCGUAUUUACACAAUCUUCUGUUUUCUUUCAAAUACCACAGACCUGUUGGUGUGUCCCUUUAAGGCACAGUGUAACUUGACAUCAUUGUGCACCACUGCACUUUGAGCCAUACAGAUUUAACCCCUGAACGCCGUAACGGCUUAAGCCCCCAGGGAAUCGCAGCUAAUUACCUCCGCUGCGAUCCUCUUCUGGAGGGCUGCCUGACCGCCCAGGCAGCCCUCCUCCGGCAAGUAAGGCCCCUGUGGAUCUGCCAGCAGGGGGGCUGUCUGAAAUAGCACAGUCCCCCUGCUGGUGGGAAAUGAAAUAAAAUUAAAAAUAAACAUGUGUAAAAUUUUUUUAUAUAUAUCAAAGAUUACAUUAGUAUGGGGGUUAGUAUACACGUAGAAUUUAAAUACCUAUAAAUACAUAUAUAUUAAAAUUCUAUGUGUAUAUUUAAGUAAUCUUUUAACAUAAUUAUGUGAUUUAAUAAAAAUUUGAUUGACAUGCCUGACAACACAGGGAGAAAGUGCAGAGAAUUUAAUUCGCAAGCACUAUAUUUGACCCUGUAACUUUCCAAGACACCACAAAACCAGUAUAUAGGGGGUACUGUUUUACUCGGGAGACUUCGCUGAACUCAAAUAUUAGUGUUUCAAACUGGUAAAUUGUAUUACAACUAUGAUAUUUUAAGUAAAAGUGACGUUUUUUGCAUUUUUUACAAACAAACGGCACUUGUAUGGACUGUAUUAUUGUUGUAAUAUGUUUUACUGUUUUAAAACACUAAUAUUUGUGUUUAGUGAAGUCUCCCGAGAAUAACAAUAACCCCCAUGUACAGGUUUUAUUGUGUUUUGGAAAGUUAGAGAAUCACAUAUAAGGCUUGCAUUUCAUUUUUUUGACAUUGAAAUUUGCCAGAUUGGUUUUGUUGCCUUUGAGAGAGUAUGGUAGCCCAGGAAUAAGAAUUACUCCCAUGAUGGCAUACCAUUUGCAAAAAGUAGACAACCCAAGGUAUUGCAAAUGGGGUAUGUCCAGUCAUUUUUAGUAGCCACUUAGUCACAAACACUGGCCAAAUAUUAGUUUUUUGCUUUUUUCACACAAAAACAAAUAUGAACGCUAACUUUGGCCAGUGUUUGUGACUAACUGGCUACUAAAAAAGACUAAACAUACCCCACGUUCAAUACCUUGGCUUGUCUACUUUUUCAAAUGGUAUGUCAUUAUGGGGGUAAUUCUCAUUCCUGGGCUACCACACCGUCUCAAAGGUAACAUUACUAAUCUGGCAAAUUUCAAUUUGAAAAUGGAACGUUCUAUAUUUGACCGUGUAACUUUCCAAAACACCAUAAAACCUGUUAAUGGGGGGUACUGUUGUACUCGUGAGACAUCGCUGAUUACAAAUAUGUGCAUUUUCUUGCAGUAAUACCUAACAGUAUUAUGACAUUAACAGCUAAAAUGUCAGACGGAAAUACAAAUUUUUAAAAAAAUCUUAUUUUCUAAAGAUUUUUUUAAAUUUUAUUCAUAAUAAAGGAUGUUCCACAUAUGAAUAGUUAAUGAUAAAUUAAAGCCCUGUUUCUCCUGAACAAAAUGAUAUAUAAUAAGUGUGGGUGCACUUAAUGUGACAGCGGUGAAUUACUGGUGAACAGACAGCGCAAAUUCCAGUUUUUGUUUACGUUUUGUUUUGAUCAGAACGUGUACUAUUGACUCCGUCCUGAAGGGGUUAAUGUAUGCAAAGUGAGAUACCCUGAUUUACCAGCAUUGUGACAAUGGAAAGGUCUUGAUUACAUAAACAAUGCAGAUGAGUUUCCUGAAGAGUUGGUGCAUUUUAAGCUUUGUUUUUGCUUGGUAAUAAAGUGUGUUGAAAGGUCACCACUGCAUAAGAAGCAUAUUAAUAAUCAUACACAUUUAUCUCAAUCUGCUUCUAAAAGUUAUUACGUUCAUUUUUUUUCAAGUUCAGUCACAGUUUGCAACCUGCUUGAUUAAUUACUCUGAUUUCAUGAAAGCAUCAAUUCAUGAUUAAUUUAGAUCGGGCUGAGAAACGUCUACCAGAAGAAGGAAGGUGUUGAUGUAAGCAAAUUCAGCAUUAACCCCUUAAGGACACAUGACGGAAAUAUUCCGUCAUGAUUCCAUGUUAUUCCAGAAGUUGUGUCCUUAAGGGGUUAAACUUGAGACACUGGAUUCUGAAUAGUAAGAGAUUAUUUUCUUGUAAAUCACAUCUUGAAUUUUAUGUUUUGGAAGCAGGAGAAUGGGAAAGUCAAAAGAUCUAAGGGACUUUGACAGUGAUGGCUAGACAACUGGGUCAGAGCAUCUGCAUUCUGGGAACACCCCACAAGACUUGCUGUUCUGCAGUGUCUAAUACCUACCAAAAUUGGUGCAAGGAAAGACAACUGAAAAAACGGCAUCAGGGUCAUGGGCGCCUAAGGCUCAUUGAUGUAUGUGUGGCACAAAGGCUAGCCUGUCUGGUCCAAUCACACAGGAGAGCUACUUAAGCUCAAAUUGAUGAAAAAUGUAAUGUUGGCAAUGAUUGAAAGGUGUCCCAACACAUAAUGCAUCAGCUUGCUGGCUGCGUAUGGGACAGCGUAGCUGCAGACCGGUCAAAGUGCCCCCUGUUGACCUAAGUCCACAGUCAAAAGUGCCUUCAUUGGGGACAUGAGCAUCCAAACUAAACCAUGGAGCAAUGGAAGAACGAGGUGUGCAUAAUUUACCUCAGGAAGAGAUGGCUGCAGAAAUGAAAAGAAGGCCUGCAGAGGCAGCAUUAUGCUCUGGAAAAUGUUCUGCUUGGAAACAUUGGGUGCUGAUAUUCAUAUGGAUGUUACUUAUGACCUACCUAGAGACUGUUGAAGACCGUGAUGGCAGUGAUCUCUUAAUGCACCAUGCCACACUGCAAAGAUUGUUCAAUGAUGGUUUGAAGAACAUGACAAAGAGUUGAAAGUGUUUCCUUGACCUCCAAAUUUCCCUGAUCUGAAUCUGAUUGAGCAUCUGUAGGCUGUGCUACUACACUGAAUCCGAUCUAUGGAGGCCCCAACCUUGCAACUUGCAGGACCUAAAUAAUCUGUUGCUAAUGUCUUGGUGAUGGAUACCAUGGGACACAUUAAGAGGUCUUUGUGUAGUUCAUGCCUCAGCACAUCAGAGCUGUUUUUGUCAGCAUGAGUAGGAACUAUUCAAUAUUAGGCAGGUGGUUUUAAUGUUGUGGCUGGUCAGUGUAAUGGUUUCUAAAGUGGCACUGUCAUGCCGAACUUACCUUUUUUAAUCGAUUCCUCUUCUCUCCCUCUAUAAUUCCGAUCCUGCAAGAAGGCGACUUCAUGGUAAAACUAGAACUCAGACACAUCUGCAGGUCCCGAUUGCUGUUUCAUCAAGAAAGUUCCUAAGGUUCGCAGUAAAAAGGGGCAGGAAAACUUUCUAUCAUUACCAGUUCAGGGCUCUACCAUUUGGCCUGUCAUCUGCCCCGAGAAUAUUCACCAAGUUAUUGGCUCCCAUGACAGCUCUUUUGAGGAAGUUAGGAGUCUCCAUCAUCCCAUACCUGGACGACUGACAACAAGACAGCUUCUUCUCAAUGACCUAUGGAUCUCUAUCAAGCUACUACAGGAUCAUGGUUGGGUCCUAAAUUUAAAAAAGUUAAUUCUUCUUCCAACAAGGGAGAUUCCCCUCUUUCAUUGCGAUAUAUUACAUUGUCCCACCACCCCUGAGCGGCGGGUGAGGCCCCUUAAUAACAAUGGGUGGGGCCUAUUGUCCUAUCCCUCACACCUGAGCGGCAGGUGAAAAUUGCUCUGACCACCGGAAAUGAAACACACUUUGCUCCUCCGCUGGUCAUAGCUGGUCAGGCGUAGGAAACCUCCAUGAGACAAAUAGUCCCUACUUUGUCUUAUUUUUUUAAAGAAAACUAGAGCAGACAGGAAGAAAUGAAGAACAGAUCCUGAGAGAGGGAGAGAAGAGUAAUCGAUUAAAGAAGGGUAAGUUCGGCAUGACAGUGCUGCUUUAAGUGCACCCAUACAUUUUAUAUAUUGCUUUUAAAGAACCAAAAUAAUAGUUUAUAAGAAAAUAAAGGGAAGCCAAAACAACGUUAAAGGACAACGGUCAUCAAAUAUUCACUUGCGUAUCCGCCCUAACACUAACCCACCCUCACUUUUGAGGCUGCACAUCUGUCAGUCUGGGGGUCAAUAAAUGUGAGUAUUGACUGCUAUGUAGGAAUUUAACCCUGCUUACACCAGAACGUUAGGAAGCUCUAUGGCACGUUAAAGGGACACUAUAGUCACCAGAACAACUAAAGCUUAUUUUAUUUGUUCUGGUGAGUAGAAUCAUUCCCUUCAAGAUUUUUGCAGUAAACACACUUUUCAGAGAAAAUGCAGUGUUUACAUUACAGCCUAGGGGUACUUCCACUGUCCACUCCUCAGAUGGAUACUAUACUAUAGGUGCUUUCUGGGGCAGUACUGCACAGGGUUUGGCACUGCCAUUCCGUGUCUCCACCCUCUGACACUGAACCUUUCUCAUAGAGAUGCAUCUCUAUGAGGAGAUGCUGAUUGGCCAAGGCUGUGUUCGGCUUGUGCUGACUCUGCCCUUUGACAGUCUCAGCCAAUCCAAUGCUUUCCUAUGGUAAAGCAUUGUAAUUGACUUUAAUGAACACUUCUGAUGUCAGUCGAGCAGGCAAAUGAGGGGCAAAGCCAGCAGCUGCAGACUGGAAUCCAUGUAAGAUUUUACUAUAUUUAGGGGGGGUACAUGAGGGAGGGGAGGGGGAUGCAGGGGUGCUAGAUUGUGUAUUUAACACUAUAGGGUCAGGAAUACAUUUUUGUGUUCCUGUCCUUAUAGUGUUCCUUUUAAGAGCGUAAUCUUAACUUGCGGAUGGCCUUGGUCUACACCAUUUUUUUGUUUUGUAAUGAUUGAAACCCUAAUAGGGUUAACAUACACCAUGUUCUGGUCAUGCUGGGGGUGCAAAUUUACCGUGUAUAAAUCCUAUUAAACUAAUUAAGGCAGUGCCUUUGGACUUUUUUCUUGUCUGAACUAAUUUUUAUGCUGCUUGAUUGUACUUAUUAUCUAGGUUGUGGAUCAGCAUAUUUCAUAUGCAGCCAUCACCGUAAAGUAUAAAAUGUAUAGUUAUUAAAAUAAACAAAGUUAUGGUGUACCUUGCAACCUCAGGCCUAAAUGAUGUACUUAGUAAAUUGGUAACCCAGUUUUGUGUGUGUGUUGUGUUUUUUUUUUUUUUUGUGCUAAACUUUUCAGUGUAAGAGUAUAUGUAUUGUGCUAGGCAUGGCACUAAAUAGCCCUAAAUAUGCUAUAGGCGGUUUUCUGUGACCUGAUGGAAAUUUUAUGUCAGUCCAAAUAAUUGUACCCACAAAACUAGCAUGGGCAUUCAGCUUGUUUGUGUUUUUUUUUUAAUGUAUUUAUUUUUUUUUUAAUCCCGACUUAAGGGUAAAUUAUUGUUCCUUAUCCCUUAGCAAAGUGUGGUAAAAGCAUGUUAAAGUAGAAUGAAGUAUAUAAAAUGUAUAUAGACUGUCCAGAGACAUCCAUUCUGUAUAUAUUCACUUUGCUAAAUGAAUAGUCUAUAGUGUUUGUAUUGGGUUUUAUUUAAAGUCACGGUACAUUCUGAUAUUUCUAAAAUGUUACCUUUUCUUUCUGUGCUUUCAGCAUGUGACUUCAUGCAUACUUGAUGUAAUGCCUUAGUCUUUCUAACCUACUAUUUAAACAGCAAGGCUGCUUUCUCUUUGGAGAUCAGCAACCCUAAAUAGGAAUUGUGACAUUUGUGUUUAAGCACAUGUUAGUUUAAUGCUGACAAAGUUGUUUUGAUGGAAAGAAAAAAAAGCCGCCUCUUAACACAUGCCUUUUUCAUGCAUAUCUGCAUUAAACUAUUAUUCUUAUGUCUGCAGUGUGACAUGUUACGCAAAACUGCACCUACUAGUGUACACAUGGGUAUUUAUUCUUGCUUUUUCACAAGGGAUGUUGUUUUUGUGGUUGACAUUUUAGGAUUUUUAUUUUUUUUGUUUGUUUCCUCCUUAGAUCUAGAUCUUUAAUUGUCCCAGCUAGAAUUUAUUGUCCCCUCUCAACAAGUCAACCUUGAUAGGUUCAUUUACCAAGCUGGAGAUUGUUAGAUCUUGAAAUACAAAUUUAAAAAAAAAAGUACUCAGCAGUUUAAACUACCGCUUUUUGAAACCAACACUUCUUUUUUAAUUGAAAAUGCAAAUGUUUUAUUUAAAUGGGCACCAGAAAAUACACACUGAAAACAAUUUCUCAUUUAUGCCAGCCUGCCAGUGUUUAAGACUUUCAUUGUUUUCUGAAAACAGGACUUAUUGUAGCAACUAUGCCGAGCACAUAUUGUGAAGGUUUUAUCAGUGAUAACAAUGAAAAACAAUGAAAUCUAAUUUCCAAUAGGGUCUGAUUAUGUUUUUCUCUGGUUAGAAUAUGAUUUGCAUCCAUUUAACACAUUCUCCCCUCCCUUGUGUCUACCCUGUACUAUGCUUUAACUGUGAUUCAACAGCAUAUUAUUUUCUACAGAACAAAGUGUGUUACCAUCAACAUAACAUUAACCAAGGUUAACGCUUGUUAAAUGAGCUAAUGAAGCAUAGCUAAUGUGGGCAUGGCUUUCUGUGUGGCUAUAUUGGCAUCCUAAUGUCUGUGCUAGCUGGGCUUCUUUUGGGGAAAGUCGUACAAGGAGAUUGCAUAAUAUCCAUCGUAAAUGAUGAAUACUUACGUUGUAUAAUUAAUCAAUUUGUCUUUCGAUGCUGUUGCCAGUUAUUGAUCUUUUACAUUGUGUAGAAAGUGAUUUGCAGAAAAAUGCAUGCUCCCCUAUUGGUUUCACGUACAUAGUGUACAUCUUGCAGCCCUGCUUACUGUGUUCCAUUCAUGAAAAAGUUUACUUGGCAUUUAUUUCUAACGCAUACUCUCUAUUACAUAAAAACAUGCUGUAUGCCCUACUAUGUGGAGGGGGAAAUGAGAAGGGCUAACUAAAUCCUACACAAUACAUACAGGGUUAACCUAAUGUGUAUAUACAAACGUAAAACCACAUAUCUUUAAAUGGAGACACACUUCCAAGGAUUUUUAAUAUUAUGUUUACUUCUAUCUAUAUUUAACAAAUAUGAAUUUGUAAGGUUUGAAAAAUAAAAUGUCUACACAUCUUUAUUCUGCAACUGGACACAUCCAUUUGUAGCUUUGUCCUUUGCACCUAGCAGUCAGCAUAGGGAAAGCAUAUAGAGAAGAGCAGACAAUACAAUAGUUCUCUCUCUUCCUCAUGUAAUAUGUUUGCCAGAACGUUAUUGUAUCUGAACUUGCUUAUGAUGUAACUUUCUAAAUCUUAAUUUGAAAACUUAAAAAAACAAAAAACAAACCUACAACUUUAAAUUAAAAUAAGGCUAAAGGAACACUAUAGGGUCAGGAACAAAAACAUGUAUUCCUGACACUAUAGUGUUAACACAAUUUAGGUUCCUGGCCCACCAUGUCCCCCUAAAAAGCUGUGAAACUUGGGUAUUCCAGGGCUGCAUGGGUCUGCCGGCACAGGUUCUGCCCCGAUCCACUUCCAUGAGUUAAUCAGAAUUGGCAAUCUCAGCCAAUCCAAUGCUUUCAGAUGGGAGCCAAACGCGCUGGCCAUUCAGCAUCCCCUCAUAAGCUGUAUUUGCUCUGGUGACUAUAGUGUUUUAUAGUGUUGUGUUAUAGGUGAUUUUCAGUGUUUUAUUUAGUGGCUGCAAAAUCGCAGAAAACUGACAGUUUCUUAAUAGCAAUGUUGGGGAUUUGUUUUGUGGUUGUCUUAUUAUACAGUCAAAUCACACUUUGCCCGCCACGCCAUAAAGAAUGUUUUCCUGUGUUCAUUUAAUUGGCAGUAUCUCGAAUGAACUGGUUAGCAUAAAUAUUCUUUACCGUUAAUUAAUUGCUCUGCCAUCUUAUUGGAAGCUCAUAUGGUCUUGUAGUUUCAGAGGAAUUGAGAAAAUGUAUCAUGAUCAUACAUUCCUUGCAAUGAUGAACACACAAAAAAAUAUCACAAGGCAGAAUUAGUUUUUUCUUUUGUCACACCAUUUGGGAAGAGGACAGUACCCAGAAACUCCUUGCAGCAUAACAAUUGAAAUGACAGGUAGUUGUUGAAUGAGCAAAAAUUUAUCCUCUUUUAAUGGGCAUUAUUUUGGAUGGGAACACACAGGUACACAAAUGGAUCAGCGCUAAUAUAUCAGUGGGGAGACAGCAACCAGAACAAAGGGGAUCCCUCUCAUCCUUUGAACAAAAAACAGAACUGUACAAAGAUAAAUAGGGGCUGCGCCACAGUGAGUAAUGUAAUAUAUAGUCAAUGACAGGAGGUCCAGAGGUAUAAAAGAAAACCUUUAGAUUCACACUAGAUGGUGUCUUUAUGGUAUAUUCAACGGGAGAUGUGAAUUCUUAAAGCUUGGGAAUGGUAUCCUUAAUCAGUCUCUCCGAUAUUUGGUCAUAUGAAACGGAGAGGAGUAAGGACCUAAUAGUGCAAUAUGUAUCGUAUAAAGUGGUUAUGGUGGAAUAAUAAUAAUAAUGCACUCACAUUUGGCAGAGCUAUAGCCAGCUCUAGUGUCUAGCGCUUGUAGUUUUACAAUCCCCACUUUGGGAUAUACUCUAGGUAUCCUCAGUCUUUGGGUUAGCUGGAGUGCAAACUACAACAAAAGUAGGGGGGCAACUGUAGUGCUCUCAAUAAGAUAAAAAAACAGGUGUAAAAAGAUAUAUAUAUAUAUAUAUAUAUAUAUAUAUAUAUAUAUAUAUAUAUAUAUAUAUAUAUAUAUAUAUAUAUAUAUAUAUAUAUAUAUAUAUAUUUAUACUCACACAACAUAGAGCAGGCUGACUGCUCUGUGAUAUCUGCUCUGGUGGUAUGAUCCCCAACUCAGAUUUCUUUAGAGUGCUGGUUAAAAAGCCAGGUAGCAAAAAAUAUAUAUGUAUAUAUAUUUUUUUGCUUUUGAAUAAUUUAAAGGAAAUUGGCACAAACCUAUGUAUAUUUGUCCAAAAUAAUUCCUUUAUUUAAAUACAAAAUAAAACAUCCAAUAAUGCAUUUCUCAUUUGUGGCUUUUUCAAAUGGAGUUUGAAAAAGCCAAUUCUGAUUUUUCCCAUUUUUGGAUUGCCAGAGUUGGGAGGUAUACUGAUACAAGUUCAUGUGUAUUUCUGCUUAUGGUAGAAAGAUUGUUAUAAGGAUCCAAGGAGACAUCUGACUGCUAUUUUGGGAUCAAGAAGGAAUUUUUUUUCCCCUAGUUUGUGGCAAAAUUGGAAGCGCUUCAGACUAGGUUUUUUUGCCUUCUUUUGGAUCAACCGCAACAACAUAUGUGAGGAAGGCUGAACUUGGUGGACGCAAGUCUCUUUUCAGCUAUGUAACUAUGUAAUGUAGUCCAUGAUUUUUGGAUUUCCUACUCUUGUGCUAUGUUAUAGGGUUUUUUUUUUUGGUUUUUUUUAUCCUUGCAUAGCAGUAUACUUUGUACAAACAAAAUAUUUGGCAUGCAGUGCAUAAGAGUGGAGGCAUGUCUCUGCUGAUAAUGCUGCACGGUCUUCAUUUAUGACAAAUUGUAAAGACACAAGAGCUAGACUUGCAAUUGAUUUUAAUUCUGCUCUGAGAUGCUUUACCUGCAUACUGAGUGAGUACCGUACAUCCUAAUUGAACCAACCGUCUGAAACCUAUAUCAUCAAGUUUCAUGUCUUCAUUUUUAUUUUAUUUUUUUUAAUUUUUUAUUAUAUAUAUAUAUAUUUUUUUUUGUAUCCUUUACUUUAUCCAUUUUCAACAGAUCACACUGUUUGCUAAAUCUAUCAGUUCCAAAUACCUCCCCUCUUACCAUCCUUGGACUUUGUUUAUGAAUGCUACACAGAGCACUUUGGACCUUGUUUGUGCAAUAAAACGUGGAACAACUUAUCUGCCCGAAAGAAAGCAAAUAAUCCUCUCAUUUGAUUCCAGGAUUUAAUGCUUUUUUUCUGGUGGUGUGUUGUCUUUUACGGCUUCAAAUGCUGGCAACUAUAAUUUUCAGUAUUUUAGUUAAAACUCCUUAGUGCCCUUCUUAUUUGAUCUUAGAAGUAUAUCUGUAUGAUGUGUGCAUAUAUAAAGUAUUUACUGUACAGCACAAACUUGUUAGGACACUUAAAGAAUUAUAGUUGUUUGGGCACUGGAGUGAGUGCCUUAGAAUAUUUGCACCUAGUGGUACUAUCUUAUUUAUGUUGUCUCUCUAUACAGUGUUGUUGUUAUAGGACACUGAAAGAAUAUCAUUGAUCUAAAAAGCAAAUGUGUGCAGAAAAUAAAAUCAAAGAUCAAAGUAAACCCAAACAAUUUGACAAAAAAGUAAAUUUAAAAAGGCUUUUUACAACGAAUGUGUGCUUUGUAUGGCUUUCCUUAGCAUACAAGACUAAUAAGGCAUUGCUGUAUUUCUGCAACCCGUCCACCAAAAAAAGUAUUUUAAGAAGCUAAAAUCUUUGAGAUAUUCACAUUAACUAUACUGGAAUUUCAGUGAUAUUUAAACCCACUCAUACUAAGAUAAAGUUGGGUCUUCUUUGUCUAAGUAUUUUUCCAAUGUUUUACAAAAUACUUUUCUGAUUUGUAAUUCCCUAACCAUUACUAGUUGCAGCUGAGGGGGGAAAAAGGGCUCUGUUUAAGGAGGAAUUUGCGGAAUCCUCCAUAUACCUCAUUAUUGUACACUCACACAUGUUUCUGGCAGGAAGAAGUUGGCGGCCACGAGGAACAGGAUCAGGUAAGUAGAACUUACCUUCCCCUGCAUCCCUCAAACGUAUUGCCAGCAGAGCACGCCUGAUUGAGGGUCUUUGCAAAUUAAGACCCCUGAUCAUGACAGAGCCACUAAGUUCAAAUGAGUUGAAAGAUCCCAGUGACAAAAGGGAACUCGAAACAUGGCCUUGUGUUAUGUUUAAAUAGACAAUGAUGCAAAUAGUUUAGAAGUUGCAGUGAAGAUAUGUACACCAAUAUUUAUUUUAUGUGUGUUAAUAGAAUUCAUUAAACAUUGGAAAAACAAAUAAAAACAGAACAGAUUAAAAACAAUCUUUUUUUUUUUUUAAAUUAUUUAUUUUUAUUUGUUUAAUUUUUUCAGUGCAAAUGGUUGGAACAUGUUAUUAAGAUAACAGUCAUAUUAACAGGCACUUAACAGGUCCAAUCAUGGUUACGACAUAUAAUAACAUUGCACAGUUAUGAGUGGGCUACGCAGUUGUAAGGAUUCAUCAUGUGUUAGGAACUUCUAAAUUUAGGUCGCUCCUUGUUAUACUAUGCAUACAUUUCUCGUUAGAGUUAGGGGAGGUGUCUGGCAUCAAACAUUAAGCCAGGCGUCCCCAAACUCCAGCCCUCCAGAUGUUGCUGAACUACAACUCCCAUGAUUCUCAGCCUAUCGAUUUCAUUCCUAGAAUCAUGGGAGUUGUAUUUCAGCAACAUCUGGAGUUUGGGGAAGCCUGCAUUAAGCGAUAAGUGUGGUGUCUUAGUCGCUUGUGCCUAAAGAAAUCGCUUGGACUAUCACGCAUUGGAAAGUUUAGUGAAAUGUGACCGCAGUCUGAAUGAAUAAUUAUGGAAUAGGCUAGGGAAAAGCUAUCGUGUAUCGUGAGAAUAGUUACUUGGGACCGCUCUUUGUGGAGGGAGCAAGUAGUGUGAGGCUUUAUCCAGUAUGUUAAGGGUGCUCAGUGUAAAUGCUUCCCUGAGGGUAUUACCCCUUUACCAUGGGGAGGAUAUAUCAUCUGAGUGGUGAAUGAUCUCCGAAACCGGACGGGUUUGUGUUCUCCAUGCUGGAGGCAAAAAAAGCCCUGGUAGGUGUGGCAGAAACUAUAAAACAUAGAGCGAUAUAGGUUUGCUGGUCUUGAGUUCAGGCCUUAUGGAGCUUCUCUGGAGGUGGGAACUUAAUGAGUUCGGUUUGGUGUUGAUACGAUUAGAGAGUCCCAAGGUUGCUAGCAGGGCAGGUCCCUCCAUGGGGUCAGAGAUUUUGUAUGUUUCACCGGCUUUGGUGGACCAUCUGUAGGUUAGUCCCGCCGUCUGGAGGUGGUUGGUAAUAGGCUGCAUGCUUUUUUGCCAAAGUAGUGUGGCUCUGCUUAAGUCCUGUAAAAAUGCGAUUUGGCUCGAUUCAGAAUCAUAAUGCAUGUGUCUUUUAGGUACUGCCAUUAAGACCAGCUUAUCAGAUAGGGUUUGAUAUCUUAGGAUAAUGUUCUGUGGUGCUGCUUUUGGGGCUCGUGGCGAUUUGGCGAUUCUGUAUACGCAAUCAAAUGUUAAAUGUGUGGCUUAUUUUGUGGGUAGUAGUGAAGUCACUAGGCGCCUGAUAAAGUCAUGGAGUUCUUCCAGGGGCACAGACUCUGAUACCCCCUGAUUUUUACAUUUUCCCUCCUACCUCUGUCAUCCAGCAGGGUGACUUGCCGGCUGAGGUUAUGUGAGACUUGCAGUUGGCGCACCAUGUUGUUUAGAGAAUCCAUGCCUUGUUUUGGGCCCUGUAUAUCCUCUUCUGUGGCUUGGGUGCGGGUGUCUCCGGUUUAGUUGUAGCCCAGUCAGCAUGUCCUGUUUAGUGGCAGGGAUAGAGCCUCCAGUAGCCUGUGUGGUCUCCCUGUCUUUUGUACUGGUAGCCAGGCUCUGUGUGGAAUCCCCGUCGAUGGACUGCGUGGGGGAGGCUGGUGAAAAUGGCAACUGCUCUGGUUUGCUGCUAAGCUCUGUCCCCCCUUUUCUUUAUGUUUUAACAACCAUUUACAUACAUUUAUGCAAUUGCCAUUUUUGAUAAAUUGCAAUAUUUACAUUGCAGGGUUAACUCUACCAGACGGCCACCAGAGGGACUUUUGGUCACUUAACUGAUGCUGGACGUCCUCACACUUUGCAUUAGGACAUCCAGCGUCUCCUAAAACCCCAUAGGAAAGCUAGCAAUAUAGCGAGCUAGCUCUCUAAAGUUUUCCUUUAAAGCGGCACUUUCAUGCCGAACUUUCUUUAAUCGAUUACUCUUCUCUCCCUCUCUCAGGAUCUGUUCUUCAUUUCUUCCUGUCUGCUCUAGUUUUCUUUAAAACAUAUGACAAAAGUAGAGACUACUAUUAUCCCCUCUCCCGAGACCCCACUCAGACCGCGCAAGUGGGGGCUAUUAAACUGAAGGGGGGACCUAGCACCCCACCCCUGAGUGGUGGGUGGGGGCCCUAAAUGAGAAAGUCGUCGUCCUCCCGGUCCCCACCUCUUAGCGGAGGGUGGGGGCCCUAAAUAAUGAGGGGGGAGACCUAUUGUCCUCCCAACCCCCUCCCCCCCCCCCAUGAGCAGCGGGUGUGGGCCCUAAAUAACAGUAAAGGGGGGACCGAUUGUCCCUCCCCCAGACCCCACCCCUGAGUGAUGGGUAGGGGCCCUAAAUUAAAUUGUUACUGCCCCCCAAGUUGACUAAGGGGCCCCUAGUCACUCUCCCACCCCCUCACCCUAAAAAUAGUGAGGGGGGAAUAAAAGAGGUGUGUGUGUGUGUGUGUGUGUGUGUUAAAAAAAAAUUAUAUUUGUCGUUUUUUUUUUUCUACAUUUGUCAGCCCCAAAAAAGGCCAAAUAAAAAUGUAUAAUACCGUCGAACCUGAGCGCAAAAAAAAACAGACGAAAAAAAAUAACCUGACACUAACAAAUUAAUCCAUCUUCACCCAUGGAGGGCACGCUGAAGACUGAGCUCCGCAGGGUGGGGAAAGCCUUAUAAAGCCUUCCCAUGCCCUGCAAUUAGGCUCAGAGCGCUCUAAUUGGUUGGUUUAAGCCAACCAAUCAGAGUGCUCUGACAGGUAAGUGCCUGUCACAGCACUCUGAUUGGUUGGCUUGAAAUCCAACCAGACUGCUCUGUGUCAUUUUAAACAGCGUGGGAAAAUUUAGCUUUCCCAUGCUGUGUAAAAUGACACAGAGCACUCUGGUUGCUUUCAAAUUGAAAUCUAACCCGAGUGAUGUCAUAGGUCCCAUUUCUUCUCCCCCGUGUCCACAUUCUCAUUUAGGGCCCCACCUGCCGCUCAGGGGUGGGGGCCGGGGGGGGGGGGGUGGACAAUAAGUGUGUGUGUGUGUGUGUGUGUGUCCGUCCCACAUUCUCAUUUAUGGCCCCCACCUGCCACUCAGUUUAAAAGCCCCCACACACGUAGCACGGGUUGGGACUUUGGAGGGGGCACACUAGGAGUUGACAGAGCACUCGGGUUGGAUUUCAAAUUGAAAGCAACCAGAGUGCUUUGUGCCUCAGGCUGCUCACUGUUUAGUAGAGAUGCCCCUACUCAGGAUAUAGCGAGAAGGGGCAGAAUUUACGAAUACUAAGUCAUCUAUACUUAGUAUUAGUAAACUUGGCUGAACGUUUUAGUAUCAGCCUUUUGGUAGAUAGCUCCCUGAUACUGUGGGAAUUGGGGAGUUAUCUACUAAGCGGCUGUAAGAUGCAGGCACGGCACAAAUAGGAUCGGAGUUUCAUUCAUUCGAAUGAAAUUCCAAUACGAACAAAGUCCCGAAUUGGGUCCUAACACGAGUGGAGAAACUGACAGGACGUUUGGGAAAACUGAAAGGAGGCUUCGGAGGAACACGGAGGAAAGGUGAGAAUUAUGGGAAUAAAUAAAAAAUUACAUUUGCUAUCCACGGAUUUCGGUCUUGUCUGUUUACUGUAUUCUAAUUAUGAAGUAAAUUCUGUCUUUCGAACCUAGUUAACAUUUUUUAAAGAUGUUCUUUCAGUCCUGACAGUAAUUGACAGACGUCUUUAAUUGCUGCCUUCUGUUACGCGCAGUUCAUCAGUAGACGUGUCCAGCAGUUUUUAUUAUGUGCCAGUCAUUCUUAAUUUUAAACAGUGUAUAUGGCAGCAUUUUCUCAUGUAGAAGUAAUUGUCAACAGGGUUUUAACUUGUUUUCUGUGUUGUGCGCAAACCAUAGGACUGCUGUCUGCAAUGGAUGCCUUCCAAUAAACUAAUAUUAUUACUGCCGUCAAGAAAAAUCAGUACGGGGUAAUAAUGUAGAACAAAUGCUUCAAGCAUGCUGUCAAAAAUGUGAUGGAGUGCAUUAAGAGAGAGGCGAACAGCCAAUAAAACAAACGAGUAAAAAAGGAAGACGAAAACUCUUGCUGCUCUCUUUAGAGGAAUCAUUGUUUGGUCUCCACCGAUCCCUAGCAUUGUAGCAUAGAAAAUUAUAGUAAAAGAAACCUCGUAAUUCUUGCUUUGGGGCAGUGUUGGUCUCAUUGGUGAAUUAACUCGGGCGAGCCCCUACUGAACAGUUUUAAAAUGAGAUUGGAAUCACACGACGUAGCUGUGUGAGCUUGUAUAAUUCAUUGAAUAUACUUUCAGCAGGUGUACGUUUCACUACUUUCAAAACAGGAUGUAGUGCGUGUGAUGUGGGUUCCCCCUCCCUUCCCUUCCCCUCUCCAUUUUAUUUUGUUAUGGCAAAUAAAAAAUGGAAUUGUAGGAAGACUUUGUAGAUUUUUAUUUAUGUAUUUUUUUCAUCAGAAUAAGAUAUUUGCUUUGUUCUUUUUAUUACCUGCGAUCUGCUUCUGUGCUACUGCUGUUAUUUGGCCAUUGAAGCAGUACAGAAGGUGCAAAGUUGCUGACACAGUGUGCACUUAAAACAAAUUUGACAUUUGGGGACAAUCCUAGUGUUUUUAUGCUACAACCUCAGACAUUUUAAACAAUUCUGUGCAAUGCCAGGAGGGGAGGGUUAUAGUAACCUUUAAAAAAAAUAAACCCUGUAAGCUAUUCUCAUACACCUGCCUAGUGAUCUUCCAUUGAUGUUGUAUGGUAGAAAACUAAUUGACUAAAUCUACUAGAUCCACCCUUCAGCUACUACCGUGUUCCUCGCAAGUGGGUGGUAACUCUGAUAUAAACAUUGUAGGCCAAAGUAGUUGUCAUUUAGUAUUGCAUUUUAUUUAUUUUGCUUAUUAUCUAUGCAUAAAUUAAAGGUUUUGUUUUUUUUUGUUUGUUUUUUUUUUUAGAAGUCUCAUUGAUGGAAAUACUAUGGUUUUUCAGCAACUGCAGUAGGUUAAUUCAAGACCAGGAAUGGGCAUAGACUAUUAAACUCCCAGUAUUUUCUAGUGGAAUUGGGUAUAUAGUAAACUCUUUCCUGUUCAGCACUUGGAAACCAUUAUAUUCAUCAUAUAUUGUGUAUGGUUAGUAUUGCACGUACCAUAUAAAUAUCCACUUUUACAGCUACAAAAAAAGGAGUGUUUUGUAAAAUGGAGCCUGAGCUAUCUGUUUAAAUAAAGGUUUUUGUUUUUUUAUUUUCACUGUACAACUGUGUGUGAGCUUGAAGGAAUUUCCUUACUACAGGAUAAAUGAAUGCCAUGCAUAACUAUCAAGGGAAACUAUGCGGUUACUGUCUUCUGAGUACUCAAGGUUAAGUGAAAUCUAUAUGGUAUUAAAGAGAAUAUUGGAUAAUGUUAAUCAAUCCGUCAGGACACUUGUUAAUAUUAUUGAUUUGUCAUUGGAAGGGAAAUGAAAGUACUUGCAUGUUAAUCCCCCCCUCAAAGUGCAGCUAUGGUUGAUUUCAGCACAUAAACCAAUAACUGCUCAAAUGUAUCCUGUUCUCUAUUUCCUAUACAAAAUAUAGUCCUAUAAAGCUAUUGUUUUAUUAUCUUAUAAUUAGGAUAGCCUAAUGCCUAUCCCACAGGGGGCAGGUUGGGUAAAUUUCGGUGGGUAGAUAAUUACCAUCAGUAUAUAAAAGGUAAAAAUAAUUGUGAAACUCACUGUGUAGAAGAGAUCUUAAAAAGGCAAGUAAUCUGUGCUGCUAGAAGAUACAAUAGUUCUUUGAAAAGACAGUGUUUACAUUGACAUUUUACACUAUACACUUUUGCAUUUUAUUCAAAUACACUUUCUUUUUUGACAUUUUAUUGGAUGUAAACUUACAUUUGUAUUCCCUUGUUUAGUUUUUUUUAAAAUACAAUUUCUGUAUUCUAUUGUAUUUUUUUUUUUUUAAUUGAAUAAUGUGUUAAUAAAAUACAUUUGCAUAAAGGGUGGAGUAGAAGCCUGAAGGGACAUACUAUACACACCAGAAUAACUACAUUCAGCUGAUAACUAUAGUGUCCCUUUAAAUACUGAAUUAAAGGAUAGCGUCAGCAGUUAUGUCUACCGUGUUCCUUUAAGUCACCCUAGGCUGUCAGUGUAUAAUUGCCAUGUGUAUUCUGAUGGAUAAUGAGGAAAUGAACUUUGUCAUUAUCUUGGCAGCAGAGUGGAGCAGAGUUUUGUAAAUCUGCAGAAAUAAUUUGGCAGGAACUUGAGGGAAUGCACCUCAAAAUUCAUUGAAGCAUACCAAAUGCAAUAUACGGUAGUGGUUAUGAUUCUUGGAAUGUUUUUAUGUUAAAUAACAUUUACUUAUUUUUAAUGAUGGUAAAGUGAUAUAGUGUAAAUUUACAUGACUGACCUAUGAAAGUAUUGUUUGUUCCACAAUGAAUUAAAAAAACAAUCAAUUGUUAAAAGGGGAACUGUUGCUACUCUGGAAACCACACGAUUGCACAGCAUUGAAAACUCCGUUAUCUCUGUUAACCCUUUUUUCUUUUCUUUUCUAUAAGAUUCUCCAUGCAGGAACAGCACUCUUUAUAUUGCUGUUUACAUGCCUCUAGUGGCUGUUCCUCUGACAGCCACUGAGUCGCUUCCUCAGAAAAAGCCUAAACUCACUAUAUCAGUCAAAUAGUCACAAAUGACCAUCUGAUUGGCACAGCACUAGCCUCCCAAUGUUUUCUUAUGGGAAUGCAUUUAAUUGGCUGAGAUCAUUAAGCUUGAUGAUCUCAGCCAAGGAUGCAGCACAGCAUGACCUAAAAGUGGCGGUCACCUGAACAGUGACUAACACUAUAGCAUUAGGACACAUUUGUAUUCCGAACGACAAUUCUCCUCAACCCUCUUCUCAAGGCACACCUAACAGUCCAGGAUUUAGGUAUUACCUGCAUGUGUCUAAGGUGUUUAAAGAAACAAAACAAAAAAAAAACCUAAAAACAUCUUGGAGGCUAAGGUUUUGUCUUCCCUUUUUCUAAACACCUUAGACAUUCCCGGGUAAUCCUCUAAAUCAUGGACUGUUAGGCAGUGCUCCUUAACCCACACCUACUCAUUAAAUAUAGGGAUACGUAAAAGUCCUAGGAAGUGGCAGUUCCCAUUUAAAUGUAUACACCCAACACCUUUUCAUUCUCCAGUUUUCAUUGCUCUUUAAGUCUUCUAUCCCAAUUUAAUUUAACUAUUGUUCGUUAGCUCAGUCUACAGACUGUAAAUAGCACUUUUAAUUACCUUUCAUCACUCACACAGAUUUUUAAAUUUUCUUUCAGGCAAUAUUCAAGGAGCUACAAUAGUAGAUUCCCUUGACACCCUUUAUAUCAUGGGAAUGAUGGAUGAAUUCAAAGAUGCAAAGGAGUGGGUGGAGAAAAACCUAGAGUUCAAUGUG